AUCACACAUAUAUAAAAGAGAUAUAGUGUACGUACUAGUUAAGUAGUUACUACGUGGUACUAUAGUAGUUCUUGAACAAUUUCUGUUGCUCUCUUUCAUUCUCGUAGAAUUUAUUUUCUUGUUAUAAUAGUUGUUUGUUUUCUCCCUAAUUUGAACAAAAUGCAACAACCAGAGAAGCGAGGAGACGUAACACUUCCACGGCCACCGCGAAACGAUGUCGAGGGCGGGGCUGCCGGAGUGACGAAGCCGGAAUCAAACUCCCAGGGAUCGUUAGAUGGGAAGAAGUGGAAGUGGGAUUGGAUGAAGAAAUGGGUUUUGAUUUUGAGGGCAUGUGUUUUAGCCUUUUCGUUCAUCGCAUUCAUCCUUAUGGCAUCCGUUGGUGAUUUCUAUCUAUAUGCGGGACCCAGUUAUUUACUUGGGGUAGCAAUCAUUGUGACAUUGUAUACGGCCGUGCAAGUUGGGAUAAAAGGUCACGAAUUGCGCACCAAAAAGGAUGUGAUUUCACCGAAAAUUGCAGCUUGGAUCGACUUGUGCGGAGAUCAGUUUUUGGCAUACAUGUUAUUUUCUUCAUCAUCAGCAGGGGCAGCGAUAUCAAUCGGAUUAAAGAGUGAGCUAUUAACGAACGUUGGCUUAGAACUAAUGGCGGCAUCCGUCAGCAUGUCUAUUUUCGCAUUCUUUUGUAUGGCACCUAUCGCACUUUUUUCUUCAUGUCGUUUCUUCUCUAAUUAAUCUAUGAAACUCAUAAACUUAUUCAUAUAUGUUAACUACUCAGCUAAUUAAUAGAGCAUUCAUUAUA